AGAUCUCUCACUUUGGACCCCCGACUGCAUUCGUCGAUACCAAAUCGAGUCAAUCCAUCCCUCAGUUUUACAUAUAUUUUAAUGGUCGCGAUGGGAGGCGGACCUGAACUACCGUCCAAGACGGCCUCAAAAGAGAAGGAGCUGCUCCUUGCUGUACUGCCAUGGCCGAGAGCACAGUGCCAGAAGGGCAUAGAUGCACUGGAAAAGGAGUUUGGUCAUCUCGAAGUCCAGCACUACUACUCACACUUCGAAAACGGCAAGGUCACUGUCGACGAUAUCCCUGAGGGUCUGCCAGCCAAAGCAUCCUACAUAGCGACCCUAUUCUGGCUUCCCAAGACCGCAGACGAUAUUCCAAAGACUAAGCUCAUUCAGUUCUUCUCCGCGGGCACGAAUCAUGUUGAUAAGCAUCCGAUUUAUACGGACUCGAAGAUCCCGCUGUGCAGCGCGAAUGGCGUGCACGGCCCACAGAUCGCCGAGUGGGUGGUCAUGAUGGAUCUGGUGCAUAGUCAUAAUUACACGACGCUGUAUGACUUGCAGAAGAAGCAGGAGUGGAAUCAGAGGAUUGGCAUGAAUGUUAGUGAUCGUGUGGGGAAGAGGGUGGCUAUUCUUGGAUACGGAAGCAUUGGGCGGCAGGUGGCGAGAGUUGCUAAAGCAAUGGGGAUGGAUGUCAUUGCGUAUACGGCGAGCCCGCGCAAAACGGAGGAGAGUAAGAGGGAUAAUGGGUAUAUCGUUCCUGGCACUGGGGAUCCGGAUGGCAGUCUGCCCAGCGCAUGGUACAGCGGCACAGAUAAGGAGGAUUUGCACAACUUCUUGAAGCAAGAGAUUGAUCUGCUGGUUAUUGGCGUGCCAUUGACCAAGUACACGACGCAUCUACUCUCCACAGAUGAGUUCGAACUUCUGCACAAGAGCAACCCGCGCGGCACAUAUAUCGCCAAUAUCGCACGUGGUCCGAUCAUUGACCAGAAGGCAUUGAUCAAAGCGUUGGAGACGAAGCAGAUCCGCGGCGCUGCCUUGGAUGUUACCGACCCGGAGCCACUUCCCAAAGACGACCCUCUCUGGACGGCACCCAAUGUCUUGAUCACGCCGCAUGUCAGUGGCGCCAGUGAUGCAUAUGCGGAGCGAGCAUUCCAAGUGCUGGCCGAGAACAUCAGGAGAGAACGAAGUGGCAGGGAAUUGGUCAACGAAGUGAACCGCGAUAGAGGGUAUUAACACGCAUCACCGUAGCCUA